AUGCAGUCAUUGUAUGGUAUGGAAAAUGUUUAUAGAGAAGAAUGUUUGGAUUGGGGAGAUAGGUCAGCUAACAGAAGUAUUACUGAGCCAAAAUGUUUAUAUCAUUUAAAAGUUGAAAAGUCGGCCAAGAAGAAGAAAAAGAUUCAGGUUACAUGUCCAUAUUAUCGAGCAUUCCCGUCACCACACUGGCCAACAAAUUUUACAGUAUUUUUAAAACUGCAAACAAAUGAUAGGGAGUGUGAGCAAAUUGAAACAAUUGAAUAUUAUAUACCAGAACACAGUUCGAAAGCUACACCUAAAUGUAAAAAACCGAAAUGGAAUAAGAACGGUAUUACGGUUGCCAGAAAUCUCUCUGGUCCACGUGGUAUCUACAUUGAUCAGUAUGAUAAUCUCUACGUCGCAGAUUUAGGCCAUCGACGUCUACAGAAGUUUCCAGUAAACGGUUCAUCAUCAAAAAUAGUUGCCGGUAGUAGUGCAAACUCUACUAAUCGUUCUGUUGAUGUAUGCAUUGAUUCUGCUGGUAACAUAUUUGCGGCUACCGGAGAAGAGUGGAUUGUAAAGAGCCGUGGCGGUGGAUCCAUAAGCUCUGGUAACAGUGAUCAAAAAGAUUGUGUGUUCGGUGUGUUUCUACAUAAGAAGAAGGAUAUGUACGUAGCAGAAUAUAUUCCCGGUAAUUCGGCAAGUAGAAUUAGAAAAUAUUCGUCGAAGCAUCUGCAGAAUUCGUCAGAAGGUAAAAGUGAUUUAAAACAGCAACAACAACGAUACGGCGUCUUCAUUGAUCAAUGCGAUAGUUUUGCCACAGCCAAUGUACAGGAGGAUGAUAUUAAAACAUUUCUUGAUAAGAACUAUAGUCCACCUAGAUUGAUAGUUCCAACAGAUACAUCAGCUCAUCUCUAUUAUCCUUCAAAUAUCCUCAAUCAUUUCGGUAAUUACUACAUCGUCGGUCGACAGCAAAAUUAUGUUAUGAAAUUAGGUGAAGGAGUCAUUGUUGGAGUACAAAGCGAACAAGAUUCGCCUCCGUCGUUUGGUUUUGGAUUUGAGUUAAACUCAAAUAUACAAGUUAGUGUUCUUAAAAAUAAUGUACGAAAGGAACUUGGUGCUAAGGCCGAUGCAAAACAUUUGAAUGAACCAAUUACUAUUGCAUUUGAUUCAAAAUCAAAUUUAUAUGUUAGUGAUUUUAAAAAUAAUCGAGUACAAAAGUUUUUGUUUCAAAGUGGUGUGCUAAAUAAUGGAAAAUGUCUUCUCUAA